AUGCUCGCUGAACUUUGGCUUUGCGCUGUCAUUGGGUAUGUUGCGCAGACUAUAGGGAUUUCCAGAUUAUUUGGUAGGUCUUCCUCUGGGGGCUCGACAGAUGUCAUGCUAAUCCUAGGUGCCCAACUUUCAUCAUGGAUUGUGGUAGGCCCUCUGUCGCAGUUGUUCUGCAGGUUAAAAUAUGGAUGCAAGUCGAGAUCAGGAUGGUGGAAAGCGGCGUUUUUCCCACAGCCGCCUCGUUUUUCUGAUACGGUCCGAGACCUUUGUCUUCCCGUGGCCACAACUCCAACGGCAAAGGGGAACCCCAAGGUUCUUCUUUCGCAACUUGUACGCGCACUCUUCCUGGCCAUUAUGUUAUGUUCAGCGCAGUACACAUAUUUGGUGGCUCUAGGUUUGUCGCCUGCUCUGGACGUGGCCAUCAUCCACAAUCUAUCCAUGUUCGAGAUCGUUUCUUUACUUCUUGGAAUUACUGGCAUGGCAAGCAGAAGAAACAUGCUGAGAAAUUUCGCUCUCAUCAUUAUAGUCCUAGUCGGGAUUCUGACAAUUUCGUAUACCAAGGCUUCAUGCGACCUGCUUUCCGGGAAGCUCGCACUUAACACUAAGACUGGAGAGCUUGACGAUCCGUUUCUGUUCGACAGGUUGAAAAGCGCCCUAACAUGUGGCCUGGGAGCUUUGGCUGUGGGACCGGUUUUCGUUAUGUGGAGCAAGUGGACAUCUGCAACGCAAAGCUGUACUGAAGACACUUCUUCCUCUAAACUUGGGCAAGCCGUCAAAGUAUGUACGCUCAGCUACGAAAUUAGCGUCAUUGGCGUGAUAAAUUUGUUGAUCCUAGCCCCCAUCAUGACUUACCACAGACAAGAGCUUCCCCUGACGGUUCCGAGUGUUUCAGAAACACUAUAUAUAUUUCUCUUUGUUUUUGCCGGCCAUCUGGUAAUGGUUGCUUCCUUGGUACAUUUGUCAUUUCAAGUUUCGCCGCGGUUUACAUCAACCUGCUUCCUCGGCUCCAUUGUUUUCACCGCCCUAGCCGAUUGGGUCACACAAACCAACGAAAUUACCAUUACGCGGUGGGAGGUGAUCGGAUAUAUAACCUUGAGCGUCUCUGGGUUAAUUUUAGGGCGACAGUACUUGUCGCAUGCUAAGUAG